UAUUUUCCACUCAGUUUCUCGUGGUUUAAAAUGGCGGCGUUGAGCAGCGCCGAGUCCCCACCGCCCGUCUUCAACGGAGACAGCAUGAACCGCGAUCCGGAGCAGGACCCGGGACUGGACGAGCUGGGAGCGGGGCUCGAACCCGCCUGUCCCGGAGGAGCGGCGAUCCCCGAAUGUCAACAGGACAUUCCCGAGGAGAUAUGGAACAUCAAACAGAUGAUUAAGUUAACCCAGGAGCACCUAGAAGCCCUUUUAGAUAAGUUUGGAGGAGAACACAAUCCACCAUCUAUAUACCUGGAGGCCUAUGAGGAGUACACGAGUAAGCUGGAUGCAUUACAGCAGCGGGAACAGCAGCUUUUGGAGGCUAUUGGAAACGGAACAGAGUUUUGCUCCUCGCCGACACUCACCCUGCUGGAUGUGAAGGGACCAGGCGCCCAGAGUGCCCCCGUCACCCCAAACACCUUGGCUGUCCUGCAGACCCCCACUGACGCAUCACGAGGGAAUCCCCGCUCGCCCCAGAAACCCAUCGUAAGGGUUUUCCUGCCCAACAAACAGAGGACAGUGGUUCCAGCUCGUUGUGGGAUGACUCUGAGAGACUCUUUAAAGAAGGCUCUGAUGAUGCGAGGCCUGAUCCCAGAAUGCUGUGCGGUCUACAGGGUUCAGGAUGGGGAGAAGAAGCCUAUUGGCUGGGACACAGACAUUUCCUGGUUGACGGGGGAGGAGCUCCAUGUUGAGGUUUUAGAGAAUGUGCCACUGACGACCCAUAAUUUUGUGCGAAAGACCUUCUUCACGCUGGCCUUCUGUGACUUUUGCCGGAAGCUGCUGUUUCAGGGCUUCCGCUGCCAGACGUGCGGCUACAAGUUCCACCAGCGCUGCAGCACAGAGGUCCCGCUCAUGUGUGUCAACUACGAUCAGCUGGAUUUACUGCUGGCAUCAAAAUUUCUAGUGCACCACCCCAUUACCCAGGAGGAGAUGUCAUCAGAGGGCACGACACCCGUUUCAGAGAUGUGCCCCUCCCUCCCUCCAUCUGAGUCCACUGGGUCUCUUUGCCAUCCUUCUGUGUCCCCGUCCAAAUCCAUCCCUAUCCCACAAUCCUUCAGACCUGGAGAGGAGGACCACCGCAACCAGUUUGGCCAGAGGGAUCGCUCUUCCUCGGCCCCUAAUGUCCAUAUCAACACCAUCGAGCCGGUCAACAUUGAUGAUUUGAUCCGUGAUCAAGGCUUACCGAGGUCAGAUGGAGCCCCCUCGCAACACCCAGCCCGCUGCUUGAGGAAGAACCGAACACGGACCUCAAGCCCCCUUCUGUCCUCCCACCCCAAUGAAAUUGUCUUUGAUUUUGAGCCUGAGCCAGUGUUCAGAGGCUCCACAACAGGCCUGUCGGCCACACCUCCUGCCUCCCUGCCUGGUUCCCUGCCCAAUGUGAAGGUGUCGAAAUCGCCGUGCCAACCGAGGGAGCGGAAGCCAUCGUCUUCAUCUGAGGACCGCAAUAAAAUGAAAACUCUAGGUCGACGGGACUCGAGCGAUGAUUGGGAGAUCCCAGAAGGUCAGAUCACCCUGGGACAGCGGAUAGGAUCUGGCUCCUUUGGAACAGUCUACAAGGGGAAGUGGCACGGUGAUGUGGCGGUAAAGAUGUUGAAUGUCACAGCCCCCACUCCACAGCAGCUACAGGCCUUUAAAAAUGAAGUGGGUGUCCUCAGGAAAACCCGCCAUGUGAAUAUCCUGCUCUUCAUGGGCUACACCACCAAACCCCAGCUGGCUAUAGUUACACAGUGGUGUGAAGGCUCGAGUCUUUACCACCACCUGCACAUCAUCGAGACCAAGUUUGAGAUGAUCAAGCUGAUUGACAUUGCCCGCCAGACGGCCCAGGGCAUGGACUACCUGCACGCUAAGUCCAUCAUCCAUAGAGAUCUGAAGAGUAACAAUAUCUUUUUGCAUGAGGAUCUAACGGUAAAGAUUGGUGAUUUCGGUCUGGCUACGGUGAAGUCCCGAUGGAGUGGCUCACAUCAGUUUGAGCAGCUAUCUGGCUCUAUCUUGUGGAUGGCUCCAGAGGUGAUCAGACUGCAGGAUAAAAACCCAUACAGUUUCCAGUCGGAUGUCUACGCGUUCGGCAUUGUGCUCUAUGAGCUCAUGUCAGGGGCUCUGCCUUAUUCCAACAUCAACAACAGAGACCAGAUUAUCUUUAUGGUUGGCCGAGGUUACCUUUCCCCUGACCUGAGCAAAGUGCGCAGUAAUUGCCCAAAGGCCAUGAAGAGACUUAUGGCAGAUUGUUUGAAGAAAAAGCGAGAGGAGAGACCUCUUUUCCCUCAGAUCCUGGCCUCCAUUGAGUUAUUGGCACGCUCUCUACCCAAGAUCCACCGCAGCGCUUCUGAACCGUCCCUUAACCGGGCUGGCUUCCAGACAGAGGACUUCAGCCUGUACGCCUGCGCUUCCCCCAAGACACCCAUUCAGGCUGGUGGCUAUGGUGAAUUCUCAGCGUUUAAAUAGUGCUGCAAAUCCUACAACUCCAUCCCUUGUCAGUUUUUACGACGUCUUGUGUUCCUACGGUGGGUUCAUCCAUAACACAGAAAAGGACUAGUUUUCAAAGAAUGUGCUGUUUUUCUUCCUCUUUACCCGAAGAGCUACAGCCUCAAUGGAAUUGCUUUAAAAUAAAAAGAUCUCUGCAGGGUGUCAUUGCUGAAUUUACAAAAAUGUCAUAAACAUCACAUAGGACAACUCGAUAAUGCAACGUCCAACAAAAAACGACUGAUGUGAGGACACCAAUGCCUGGUCACUGGAAAAAGAAAAAAAAGGCAUAGAUUGUGAAGGGGAUACAAAUCUUUUCCCCAAGGAUGAAUGGGGUUAGGAUUAAUUAUAUUGGAGCACAAGCCCCGCCUUCACUCCGCCCCUGGAGGGGAAGAACACGCAGCAUUGGCCAAUCAGAAAACAGGGUCCAUAUUUGGACUAGUGGCAUGGAAUGAUGGAAAAAUUGGCAUAAGAGCAAGGACGUCAAGUUGCCGUUGUGGAGAGGUGCUGGAUAUCAAGAGAUAACUUGAAUGAUAUUUCAAAAACGUUUCUUUCUCUUGCAACGAGUUUGUUACGUAACGUUGCCUGUGGCUGGAGUUGCUAAUAAUAAUAAAAAAAAUUCUACAGGGUCAUACGUUGUAGAUAAACAGACCCAGUAUUAUUAUUUUUUUGUUAGAGGCAGUUUGUGAGCUGGGGUAAAUGAAGCAACCAUUGAAAAGAACUCUUUUUUUAUAAAUAUAUUCUGUAGGGACUUUGCUUUUAAUUUUUUGUCAAGGCAAACUCUAGUAUCUUUUAUUUUACAUGUCACAUCCCCAUGAAUGCCCCACGCAAAGAAGCCUGGGUAAACGUUUUUAGACUCUUUUGGUUCGGCACAAAUUCUAUCAGACAUUUCCGAGGUGGGCAAAAUCAAAGCUGUUUCUGUGCUUCUAGAGAAUGUGAUUAUUUUGUUUUAUUUUGUUUCGCCACAUUAUAGUAGCUGACGUCAUGUUUCUGAAUAAGUCAAAGGUCAUAUUUGAAGUUUCUUGUAGAAAAAACCCACUGUAUAAAGCAAACACGAAGCCUUGUUUCA